AUGAUAACUGGCUAUGGCUUUCCAGAACGGAUCUUGCAUAAUGGAAUUAAGAAGGAUUUGCUUUCUUAUAAAUAUAGCAGUGUCUUGAAUUGGUCAUUCACUCGUCUGUUUCAAGUGGUAAAUGAUGGAAGUGGAAUCUUGUUGCAAAAAAUCAUUCAUGGGAAAAACAUUGGAUACGGCGUAGUGGUUGAAUACGUCUCUGGAGGUACUCUAAGAUCACAUCUGUUAAAAAACAGUAUCAUCAAAAGGUUGUCAUUGGAUUCCGUAAUUCAACUAGCAUUGGAUGUUGCAAGAGGGUUGAGUUACCUUCAUUCUAAAAAAAUAGUUCACAGAGAUGUGAAGACUACGAAUUUAGUUGUCGACAAGAAAGGAAGAAUAAAAAUAAUAGACUUUGGAGUUUCUCGAGUUGAGGCUUCAUGUCCAAUCGACAUGACUGCUGAAACUGGCACCGUAGGUUACAUGGCACCUGAGGUUCUUCUUGGUCUACCAUAUGAUCAUAAAUGUGAUGUGUAUAGUUUCGGAAUUUGUUUGUGGGAGAUAUACUGCUGUUCAAUUCCGUAUAGUUGA